CUCCCCACAGCCUGAUGCAGCAGCAUCCCCUGCUCCCCCACAGGAGGCUGGAGGGAGAGGCGCGCGGGAGGAACCCGCCUGCUCCGCUCAGGCGCACGCUGCGCUCUGGUGGGUAGGAGGGCGCGUGCAGAGCCGGUCCCUGCUCAGUGCGCCGGCUGCCGGGGCGGGCGAUUGGAGUCCCGUCCCCGGCUCUCGUGCUGCUAGCAGGGGCCGCACCCCAGCCCAGUAGCCGACGGCGCAGGUUCAGCCGACACCCAAGUUGGGACUCUCCGACGGCCGCAGGAAAAAGCCCAGGACGCGGUAGGGGAGUGAGGCGCAGAGCCGGGGCAGCGUCAGUGCUUCAAAACUCUGGAUGUGGCCUUCUGGAUAGCACCAACAUUUCUUAAGAAAAAAGGCACUGAAGCAAACAAGCUCUCCUGGCUAUUGCUCUUCAUCAUUUCCUAUGGGCGUGGAGUUUUGCUAGUAGAGCAGAAUGUAUGAAAAGUCAAGCUAUGAAAACCACCUCAAUGCAAGAUAGCGCUUACCAGACACUCUGUGCACUUUCUGCUCAGAAGAAUCCCAUGAAAAAAAGUGGAUUAUUUGAGACUACAAAUGCAAGAAAGCUGCAGACUUCCUUUCCUCCUAUUCACUUCAGUCUCAGUACCCCCUCCAGAUCUAUGUACAAAAGCUGCAAGGAUCAUGUAUCAAACCUAGAUGUUUCCAGAGACAUCCGGGGGCAGAAAAUCAACCUGCCUCAGGUGGAGAAGCCAUCGGAGAAAAUUUCAGCACCCAUCCAGUCUGUUAUUGCUGUGGAUAAAAGUAAAGUAACAACAGACCACAGUCGAUACUUCAGGGCUCGCUCAAACACUUUAGUAGUGCCUUUUCAUAGUACUAGAGAGAUUAAACUGGAAAACAAAUCCACGUUAGAUUUGCCAUCUUCAAAGAUAGCAUCAGAAGGACUGUCAGCCGAGACACACAAAGUUCCAGAGUGUCCAAAUUGCAAAAAGGAAAGGAAGCUCCAAAAUGAGUACGACAAGUUCAUUUUGCAGUCCAAGAGGGACAAGGAGGCCUUGCAGAAGACGAUUGUGAAGCUAGAAGCUGAGCUGAAAAGAUAUGAAGAGCAUAAUAAACCAGCUCAAGGACAAGAGAGUGAAGUAACCUGCUCUGUGGAAGAACAGCAGCACCUGAGAGGGGAAGUUUCCCUUCUUGAUGGUUUGGUAGGAAUGUGUAAAAAUGAACUAGCAUAUAUGAGAAGCAGAUCAGACCUGAACAAACUGGAAGAGGAGAGCAAAGGGAAGCAGCAACAAACGGUAAAAGAUAGUUUGUUAGUUGAAAUGGAGGAAUUAAAAGCCCAGCUGCAAAGAAUUCAGAAUAAUGAGGAAAAACAAGCCCAGAUGACCAAAAUGAAGCAAAACAAGUUGGUUCUUGAAAUGGAAGAGUUAAAGUCCCAACUUGAAAAAACAAAGGAGCGGGAAAGGCAAAAAGUAUCAGUUUUAGAAAAUGAGAAGGAUGCCUAUCUGAGGGAAAUAGCAGAAAUGAAAACUUGCAUUGAGAAGCUGGGCACAGAGAACAGUUCACUUAUGGAGAAAAUGAAAGCCUUGGAGAAUAGGUCUUCCUGCUGUUGUUUGGCUUCAGUGGUUCAUGGCAAUGCAGAAGUACUAACAAUUUCUCACCACAGCACGUUUGGUGUUGAUGCAGAAAGUCCUCAUUGCUUCAAUAGUUGUGGUGGUGCAACUUGCAAUUCUGGGACACAAAGGGGUAAAUGUGUUGCUGGGACAAGCUCGGUGGAGGACGAUGAAAUCGGAAUGAAAGAGAUGUAUAAACAGCUGAAGAGAGAACGUAACCUUCUACUUGAUGUCAUGCUACUUAUGUACACAAGACGAUGGUUUCUGGAAGAAGCAAUACCGUAUAUAAGAAGAACGCUUAGGAAAUGCGGAGUAAAUUCAGAAGACAGAAACUGAAACUCAGAUCUAUUAUCCAGCCAAAACACAGGAUUUAAUGUAACAGCUCACAACAGGGUUUGCUCUUGCUUCAAAGGGUAUGUCUACACUGCAACAGACAAGUGUGGCUGGUCCAUGCCAGCUGACUCAGGCUCAUGGGGCUCAGGCAUAAGGGGCUGUUUAAUUGUGGUGUAGACAUUCCGGCUCUGGCUACAGCCUGAGCUCUGGGAUCCUCCCACCUCGCAGGGUCCUAGAGCCUGGGCCCCAGCCACGUGUCUAUGCCAGAAUUAAACAACCUCUUAGACCAAGCCAACUGGCACAAACCAGCUGUGCAUGUCUAAUUGCAGCGUAAACAUACUCAUAGAGAUCAGUGGGAGCAUAAUUAAAUCCAAUACUGUAGACGCCUGAUUUUUAAACUUGUGUGCCUAACUUCAAGCACUCAGGUGCCUGAAAUGGGUAUUUAAGUGGAUGCUUAUAUUUAUAACACUUACAUCAACAUCUCUGAAAAAUCAUGCCCAAGGUGUCAAGUUAGUGUUUAAAAAUUGAGGCACCCAAAGAUCAGUGACCACUUUUGAAAAUUUGGCUGGAGGGCAUCAGGUACCUAAAUGCAGAUCUCAUUGCCAUUUUAGGCAUCAUGUUACAAAGUUGGGCUCUUUGGUGUGAUCUGCCAAUGUUCUUCCCUUUUAGGAUCAUACCACCUAGAUAGGUUCCCAAAACUUCUACUGAUGUCAGAGGACAUGGGCAUACAAGGCACCAGCAUAAGGUUCUUAAUAAGUGAAAUUAUCUUCAUUUAUACUCAUGUGGACCCUGCACCUCAGGGGUUUAUGUUGUGCAACUUUUUUCCGGUGGAGUUUCCUGCUGCUGAAAAACAUGUCCGUUAAGAUUACCCUGCACACCAAUAAAAGAUAGUUAGCUUGAUAAUUUAAACAAAUUACCUGAUGCUGACUUCAGUCAGAAAUGAAUGCUUCAGUAGUACAUCUAAUAUAUUUCUUCUGUAUUUGUGGCACCUUAGAGACUAACAAAUUUAUUAGAGCAUAAGCUUUCGUGGACUACAGCCCACUUCUUCGGAUGCAUAUAAGGUGCCACAAGUACUCCUGUUCUUUUUGCGGAUACAGACUAACACGGCUGCUACUCUGAAACCAUUCUUCUGUAUUGUUAUACAGUUCUGCAUUGUACUGCUGCAGCCAUCAAAAUGACUGUGUAUCUGAGGCAAAUAGAUCAUUAGACAACUAUUUAAAUACUUUCUAUAUUAAUGAACACAUUAACAUGGAGUUAACACAUCUUGCCACCUUUCUAUGGUAGCUCUGUAGAACCCCUUCAUUUGUUUUAUGCAUUUAUUUUGGUGAAAAUGCUGAACUGUUGAAACAACUUGUGGAGCUUAUAUUGUAUAACAAUAGUAAAGGAAACUUACAUCACAUCCUGUUUCAGCAGCUUAUGUGUACUAUGAGUUUGGAAUUAUGCUGGGGAAGAUCUAUGACCUGUGUUACACAGGAGGUCAGACUAGAUGAUCACAAUGGGUCCCUUCUGGCCUUAGAAUCUACGAAUAUGUCCCAUACCUAUUUCAGAAAUUGAGGUUUCAAACCUUUGUUACUUGUCAGCUCUGUGUUGUUGGGGAACCAGGGCGCAGUAUCCAGCCUGUUUGACUCACGAAAGACCUUCCCCUCCCCCACCUCAGCCUCUGCUUGAACCAAAGCCGAUCAGAAGAAAGACUUACAAAAAGCAAUGAAAAGGCAGUGGAAGACACACCUAAACCCCUCCGGACAAGAGUGACAGGGUUAAGGAAACUCCCCUAGCCUCAUUUGAAUCAAGGAUGGGACAGGAAGGCAUUCCAUUAGCAUACAGAAUGGAGAACAGAGAUUCCAAGGCAAGAACCGCCCAGAACUCUGGGACCAGAAAAGCAGGGAAGCACUGCAUGAUGGGGGAUCUCUGCUCCAGAUGUUAAUGAACCCACACCCAGCUCAGCAGUUAUCAGACCAAUUCUAGUAAUUAAUCCUUUAUUGGUAUACAAAAUACUGAAGCUGCCUAACUGCAUUGUGAGCUCCCUCAAAGGAACAUCACCCAUAGCCAGGAAUUAUUAAUACUUACUGUCUAGCCUGAACAAAACAACUUUGGUAUACUCCCUUGAGCCAUCAGUUUACCCAUAAACAAAUCUAGUGUUCUCCCUUGAACCAUUGUUCUUUCCCUACAAAAACUCCUACCCAUGCUCAAGUAAGUGUUCUGAUGCCUGAAUCCAACAUCUGCAUCAGUUUAAUUGGGACUUCAUGUUCUCCUGACUGAUCGUGCUGAGGGUUCUGCCUGUCUCCAGCACAACGGACCCUUAGCUACCGCCACCAUCUGGGAACCCUGAUCGAUUCAAGCUUCAGGAAGUGGUGAGAACCCAGGUCUCUCUCUCUCUCUAGGUAUAGCCUUCUGACCCUGACUUGUGUGAUGAGUUAUAGUUUUUUAAACCUGACUUUUAUAAUCAAAUUUAAGUUAGAUUUAAUAUUAUAACUAUUUUGUUUAUUUGGCUCCCCUGUGGUUACCACCUGGCAAUAAAUAACUUUCAUGGUUAA